UAGCGGCGGCGAACCGGGCAGCUCCGGCCCUGCAGGUAGGUUCCGUGCGCCGGCCUCUGGGCAGCCGCGAGUGGAAGGACCUGCGAGCGACCGCGAGGGAUCUCCCAGGUUCCGGGCAUUCCCCAGGUGUACGGCAUCCUCGGCGCAGAUAGUCGGGCAUACUGGCAUCCCUGCUUUAUUGCCGAAUCAAUUUGAAGGUGGUACAAGUGAGAACAUGGCCUCGGUGGAGAAGUUACUUGGUGGACACUUUGUGGGCUAGCCUCAGCACCGGGACCCAGCUGAUGACAGAUCCUGACGCCGAGUGACUGACAGACGCACCCACUGCUUCUUGGGUCACAUACCAGGGGCCGCGAUGGACCUCGUUCUCAGCGCUGCAGAUUACUACUUCUUCACCCCGUACGUCUACCCAGCCACAUGGCCUGAGGACAACAUCAUCCGGCAAACUAUUAGUCUCCUGAUAGUCACCAACCUGGGGGCUUAUAUUCUCUAUUUCUUCUGUGCAACCCUCAGCUAUUAUUUAGUCUAUGAUCAUUCGUUAAUGAAGCAUCCGCAGUUUUUAAAGAAUCAGGUCUCUCGAGAGAUCAUGUACACUGUCAAGUCUUUGCCAUGGAUCAGUAUCCCCACCAUUUCAUUGUUCCUGCUGGAGUUGAGGGGCUACAGCAAACUCUACGAUGACAUAGGAGACUUUCCAAACGGCUGGAUUCAUCUCAUUAUGAGCGUGGUAUCCUUCCUCUUUUUCACGGACAUGCUGAUCUACUGGAUCCAUAGGGGCCUGCACCACAGACUGGUCUACAAGCGCAUACAUAAGCCUCAUCAUGUGUGGAAGAUCCCCACUCCAUUUGCAAGCCACGCUUUUCACCCUGUGGACGGCUUCCUUCAGAGUCUGCCCUACCACAUAUACCCCUUUGUCUUUCCACUGCACAAGGUGGUCUACUUAGGUUUAUAUGUCUUGGUUAAUGUCUGGACAAUUUCUAUUCACGAUGGUGAUUUCCGUGUUCCCCAGAUCCUAAGGCCGUUUAUUAACGGGUCAGCUCACCACACGGACCACCACAUGUUCUUUGACUAUAACUACGGACAGUAUUUCACACUGUGGGAUAGAAUUGGGGGCUCUUUUAAACACCCCUCCUCUUUUGAAGGGAAGGGACCGCAUAGUUACGUGCGGAAGAUGGCAGAAGACUCCAAGAGCCAUGCAGAGAAUGGCUGUAAAAGCAAGGAAUUAUGCAACGGAGAGUUUACAAAGAAUAAAUAGACUAUUUCCCAGUUAUUAGCCAUUCUCAAUAAGGAAAUUAUCUACACACAGUCAAGAUACAUAGCAAAUAAGUGGUGUCAUUUGAAUGUCAGCAUGGCGUGUCGUGCUGAGGAAUGGUUCUGGUGGUAAACUGAGGGAAGAUGCUGGGAGCACCGAGAUUGUAAUCUCAUGACUAAUAUGUCAGACAUUGGUCCAGGAACAACUUGUGUCUUUCCAGUGAGCAGCUCUGCAGCCUGUACAGCCCAACAACAACUUUAAAGAUGAUAGAAAAUAAGCUACGGAAGAAGCUGGUCUGCGUCCUUUUGCCUUAAUCCACUCAUACUCGUUAAGGAAAAAAAGUACCCAUUGUGCUUAACAAAACUGAGACUAGCCUGGAAAUACUAAUGUAAAGAUGGCUCCUGUUCCAGGAGCGGCUGGCUCUGCAGUGGGAGUAGAGGACUUGCAGGGCUUUAAUCAAAUAGGAACAUCAGCCUGAACAAUCUAAUACAUGAGUGACUAUGUAUAUGAUUGUCUUAACGGCUGAUGUAAUAAGAUUGUAUUUUCUUCCUACACAUAGGCACCUUACUUGGAGGCAUUAUCAGAUUUUAAUAAUGAAUAAAUAAAUGGUAAUUUUUUUUGAAUGUCAGCUCUUCCAUGAUUCAGUCUAGAUAGGAGAUUAUUUAACUAAAGAUCUUGAUGAGUGUCAUCAUUUUUUAUUUUCUAUUUUUUGAGACAGGCUUUCUCUGCAUAGUCCCGGCUGUCCUGGAACUCGCUAUGUAGUCCAGGCUGGCUUCAAACUCGGAGAUCUGCCUCACCCCGCUGGGAUUGAUGGGCCACCACUGCCCCACUUGAUGUGGGCCAUUUAAAACCACUGUUUAAUAAGCCCAGAGACAUGAAUCUGGAUAACGUUAUCUCCCAAACUUGUGGCACGGAGGUGACACUUUUCUUUUUAAGAAAGCGGAUACACUGUACUUUUGAUAUAUGUCUAAGUUACAAAGUUAACUUUUUUGUGAAGGGAAUAAUUGCCAAGUACUUAAAUCUACCUGAGAUACGCUUUGAAACCUCAUCCUCUAUUUCUGUCUUCUCUUUCUACAGCCUCUGCAAAAAAAAAAAACAAAAACAAAAAACAAACAAACAAACAAAAAACCUCAAAAACACCUUCAUGAAGAAAGGUGAGGGUUAUAAGUAUAUUCUCAAUGGUAGGAAAUGUGUUCUUGUAAAGAUAUUCUAUUGCCUAUUUAUACAAAAACCAUUAAAAGUUAGUCACAACUGCUAUUAGCCACUUAAGUGUUAUAGAACAAAACAUCCUUUGUAUAAAUUAGCGUCACUUUGAAGGCAUAGAGGUGAUGUGGGGCAUUAAAAACUGAGAGCAUCCUAGAUGUUCAGAGUCAGGCUGUGCAGGAUGAAAGUGUUACUGCAAGGAUGCCUUUUACUCAGCAAAUCCUUUCUCAUUAAGUUGGCAUUCUAAAGUGUUCUGAGGGAGUAGAAACGAGAAGUUAGGAUCUAGACUUCCUUUUACCUGGAAAUACAGUCCACCUGGGUUUUGAAUACAUAAGCAUCACUAAGUCAAGGACUGAUUGGGCUGUUGGAUGAAACUGACAUCCAGCUCUUAGCAGUGUGCUGUGGUUGCAAAAUGGUCCUCAAUACACACCACUUGAUACUGCAUCAAGAAAAGGCUAACCCCCCAAAUGGGACAUAUCUCUCUCCCCUAGCCUCCAAGGAUCAGAGAACAUGAAGGAAGAGGAGGCAGAAAGAUUUUGAGAGCAGCGGCCAGGGAAGAAUGCCACAAGACUCUGGACAUGAGGAGCCUUUGUGCUUGUAAACACACUGCCCCUGUGGACGCCUGUACACAAUCCAAUCAGUGAACAUCCCAGGGCGGGUGGGGUGAUGGAUGGGUGGGGCCCUACCGGGUCCCACCUCCAGCUGAAGAGCUAUGGACAGUUGAUGGCUGCCAGGGAAGGGAGAGUCAGUUUGCAGUAGUGCAAUCUCUUAAGUUGCUUUUGGGCCAGUGGGUGUCUCUGCACCCCAAAGGCGAGGGGCAUCUCUACUUCGACUCUGGCUUAUAAAGCAAAAGAAUAUAUGAAAUUGAAAGAGGGCAUCUGAGAGAAGUUGGGUGAGGAAAAUGUAGCGUGGGUAUGAUCAGAGGGCAUCGUGUAUAUGUGCGAAAUAAAGAAAACUUCAGAGGCACACCUGCGCUGCUAAUCUUCAGCAACACCUCAGGAGUUGCUAAGAGCCUUGGGGUUAGGAAGUGUGAGUCACAGCAGGUGCCCUUUCCAGCUUUGCUUUCCCCAUCUCAGAGAGAAUGAGUCACUGUCUCCCAAUAGGAUCAGGCACGGAGAAUGGUGGCUUCUGUUUUCUGGGUUCAGUGACGGUCAUUCUUAGUCUUCUUGCUGGAUCCCCAAUAGGAGGAUGGUGGAGGAGGCUAUCUCCCCUUCACACUGGAGGGUAGAGACACUGAGAUGAGUUACAGGAAUAUGUAAGUAAAAUUGAAAAGAUAUUACUCACUGUGAAUUAUCCUUGAAGAGGUAAAGUAGCUAGGAUUUUUGUUGCUGUAGCAUUGCAUGUCAUAAACCAGUCCACAAUAAAAUUGAGAGACAAACUAGAAGCUUGUUUUUCCCAAAAAUAGAAUAAACUGCUUAAGAAGAACAGGAAGUGUGUGAUAAUAGGCAUUACCACCAAGGCAGGGUUUGGUAUAGGAAGAAAAAAAAUUCAUAAAAACUUGUCUUAAUAUAUACUUGCUUCGUGAAAAUACAUUGAGGAUAAUUUAAUUAUUCAGGGGCCAGCAUGUAGCUAAUGGUAGAGUCCAUGCUUUCCAUGUUUGAGGCCUCAGAUUCAUCCCCAGCCUCACAAAAAUAUUUUCUUCCUAUAUCUCUAAAGUCAAAUGGGAGGUUUUUAUUAAUUCUAAGUGUAGUAGAAAAUAAAAAUAAGUUGUAUUCUGGGUUCUUUAACAGUGAACUCCUAAGUUGAGCCUAUCAAAUUCUCUUGAACUUGUAACCAUUUGCCUUUUUAUAAUGAGAGUUUCUUAAAUUUGGUAAGAGACUUACCAUUUUGAUUCAGUCCCCUGGUCAGACUUGUGUCCAGGUACCUGGACAGCAUCCCAUCACUCGGAGGUAACCACCUAAAAGUGGGAUGGUAUCAGAAGUUAGUCAUUUGACUUGAAGCCAUCUGUGCCCUCUCAUGGAGCCAGCUAUCUCAUAGCUUUUGUUAUUCUCCUCCACCAUUUAUGUCCAUCUCCUUGAAUAUUGUAAUUUUAGUCAGCCAUUCAUUGGAUGAAAAUUCAACAUGCUGCUAAAGAAACAAAUAGAAACUUGGUGUACAUCCACCUAUUAAGGCGGGCCCUGGGCCGAUGGCUCUUGUCUAUUCUGGCAGUAUGCUUGCUUUCAUAGAGUUAAAUGUGCCUGCCCUAAUUGUAUAGUUCAGCCUUGACAUACCAAUGCCGCCAUCACUGAAAGUCAGGACAGAACAUUUUCUUCAUCACAGCAUGCAUUGUCUCCCUCUGCAGUCGGUGCCCCCUGAAUCACACACACCCCAAGUAACCACUGAUCUAGUGUGUCCCUGGGGAUUUAUUUUGCCUGUUCUAGAAUUACAUUUAAGUUGAAUCAGAUGAGAUAUACUCCUGUAUUGAGGGUUUUAUUUUUUUUAAGCUUAACAUGUUUUGACAUGUGUGCUGUUGUAUUUACCAAUAGUUUGUUCUUUUUAUUGGUGAGUAGUAUUCCAAUUAUGAUAUACUUAUGCUAAAUAAUAUGCUAUAAUUGGCCAAUCUGUAUAUCUGUUGAUGGGUAUUUGAGUUAUUUCCAGCGUGACUAUUUUUGAAUAAAGCUACUGCAGACAUUUAUAAACAAA